AUGAACAGUGAUAAGCCAAUGUUGAUGGCCGCUGACGCGAGAAGGCUCUCUGCGUUCAUCACUUCGACCAUGAGAAAGAGAGUCGGGGAUUAUGGUUUGACAGAUUAUCCUCUGGUCAUUGAAACAGAUUCAAAGGUAUUGGUGGAUAUGAUUUCGAAGAGGAUCCAAUCUUCUUGGCAUUUCUGGACUCUAUUGGACAAAAUAUUUUCCCUUCUUCAGAGAUUCUCAUUCCAAAUCAACCAUACUUUUAGAGAGGGUAAUGCAGUAGCAGACUCCCUGGGUAACAAAGGUGUGAUGGAUGGCAACUCUAAAACCUAUACUGCUACUGAUGGUCUUCCAACAGUAAUCAAGCAACUUGUAUUACAGGAUUCUAGAAAAAUACGAGUUCUAAGGAAGCGCCUAAUGAUUUUAUGA